GGUUUCCGGCAGAAAACCGGCGUGUGUGUGUGUCUUCUCCUUCAGUCUGUCAGCAGAUGCCGGGCAGAUCAUCAUGGCGGACCCUUGCUCCUUCUCCUCCUUUUCCAGCUGUCUCACCAAACACCUCAACCUGUUUCUGCACGUGGACUUCCACAGGCACGUUAUCCGAGGGAAGGUGCAGCUCACCGUGGAAGCGCUGGAGGACCGCUUCGCUGUCCUGACAUUGGACACCAGAGACCUGGACAUCCGCUCGGUGACUGUCAACCAGCAGCUGGCCCCCUUCAGUCUGGGGCCCAAACACAGCUUCAAGGGGACGCCGCUGGACAUCACACUCCCCUUCCACCUGUCCAGGGGGCAGCAUGUCAUCGUGGAGGUGACCUAUGAGACGUCUCCGUCAGCAUCAGCUCUGCAGUGGCUCACACCUGAACAGACUGCUGGGAAGAAGCAGCCUUACCUGUUCAGCCAGUGCCAGGCUAACCAUUGCAGGAGUAUGGUCCCCUGUCAGGACAGCCCAUCCAUCAAACAUACCUACUAUGCUCAGGUGUCUGUCCCCAAAGAUCUGGUGGCAGUAAUGAGUGCUGUGAGGGACGGACAGGAGUCAGAUCCUCAGGACAACAGUCGUCUCAUCUACCGGUUCAGACAGCCAGUCCCUAUGCCAUCUUACCUGAUAGCCAUUGUGGUUGGAGCCCUGGAGAACAGGCAGAUCGGUCCUCGGUCCAGAGUCUGGUCUGAGAAGGAGUUUGUGGACAAAGCAGCAUCUGAGUUCUCUGAGACUGAGACCAUGCUGAAGAUGGCGGAGGACUUGGCGGGGCCAUACGUGUGGGGGCAGUACGACGUCCUGGUUCUUCCUCCAUCCUUCCCAUACGGCGGCAUGGAGAACCCCUGCCUCACCUUUGCCACGCCCACUUUACUGGCUGGAGACAAAUCCCUGUCCAAUGUUAUCGCCCACGAGAUCUCCCACAGCUGGACUGGAAAUCUGGUGACCAACAAGACCUGGGAACAUUUCUGGCUCAACGAAGGUCACACGGUCUACCUGGAGAGGAUGAUUGGCAGGUGUUUGGAGGGAGAGCCAUUCCGACAAUUUAAGGCCAUGGGGGGCUGGAAAGACCUGCAGGACUCUGUGAACACGUUUGGACCCAACAACCCAUUGACCAACCUGGUCCCCAGUCUGGAGGACGUGGACCCCGAUGAUGCCUUCUCCUCAGUGCCGUAUGAAAAGGGAUUUGCUCUGCUGUACCACCUGGAGGAGCUGAUGGGGGGGCCAGAGGUGUUCAUGGGUUUUGUGAAGUCCUACAUCCAGAUGUUUGCCUACAGCAGCGUGACCACAGACCAGUGGAAGGACUACCUGUUCACCUACUUCAAAGACAAGGUGGAUGUCUUGAACUCAGUGGACUGGAAUGCCUGGAUGUCCACUCCUGGGAUGCCUCCUGUUAAGCCUCAGUAUGACACCACGCUGGCGGACGCCUGCAUCGCGUUGAAACAUAGGUGGAUUAAGGCUAAAGACCAGGACCUGAACAGCUUUAAGGAGUGUGACGUGAAGACCCUGUCGUCCCACCAACUCAUCGAGUUUCUGUCGCUGCUGCUUCAGGAGGAUCCUGUCCCUCUGACCCAUGUGAAGAAGAUGCAGGAGGUCUACAACCUGAACACCUUCACCAACUCAGAGAUCCGCUUCAGGUGGCUGAGGCUGUGUGUCCGGUCUAGGUGGGAGGAGGCGGUUCCCAUGGCGCUGAAGAUGGCCACGGAGCAGGGAAGGAUGAAGUUCACCCGACCCCUCUUCAGGGAGGUCUUCCUCUUCGAUAAGUUUCGUGAUGAAGCUGUUCAGGUGUUUCUGGCUCAUCGAGCUGCGAUGCAUCCCGUCACCUCUGGACUUGUUGCCAAGGACUUGAAGGUGGACGUCAGCGCCACUGUCAUUCAGUGAGACCAGAUCCUGGCCUGUGGGACCAGGUCCGUGACUUUAGGUCCUGAUCCUGUUCUGGAGUCCUUGGUCCAUAGAAACCUGGUUUUUAUAAAAGAAAGGAUUCAGACCUGAA